AUGCGACUUCUCGCACUAGUAUUACAAAAUAAUCAAACAGUCAUCGAGCUGAAUCUAUGCUCCACUCGAAUUAAAGCACCUGGUACACAAUAUCUCGCUGAAAGACUCUUGAAAAAGGUGAUAUUUCAUACAACAAAAUUGGUGACAGCGGUACAAUAUAUCUUGCGUCCAUAUUCAAAAUUAACAAAACUAUAUCCAUACUUAACCUUGACAGCAACAAAAGUGAUUUACAUGGAAUACAAUGUUGUAUAA